AGUGGCAGUCCAGCGAAGGACUUAUUCUGGGUCGCUUCUCUGAGAAAUAGAGCAUCUGGCUCUUUUGAUAUCCCAGAGAAGAAGGUAGCAUGUGGCUUUCUGAUAAACCCUGUUGCUGAGUCAUGGCUGGGAGGUCUUUAUGGAGAUCCCCAUCCGGCUGGUCGCAGGUUGCUCAGCACACUGUCCUCGUCACAACUUCUGGCUGAGGCAGGACAAGCGAAAGCCGCUCCCAACCAAAGGGGGAUUUCACUGCCAUGAAAGGCCACCGUCUUCCCCUAGAGAGUACCCUGCCCUGAAAAAUUUACCCAGCGCAUCAGUGGGGAAGACUGUUGGCAAACAAUCCGUGGUGGAAGGAAGUGCUCGGCGACGAUUGGUGUCCAGCUUAAAGACAGGAUGGCGACUUGGCUUCGUAAUCCCCUCAAGGAACCAGAGAUCGAGCUGUUUGUAAAGGCUGGCUUGGAUGGACAGAACAUCGGAAACUGCCCGUUCUGUCAAAGCCUCUUUAUGGUGUUAUGGCUCAAAGGUGUCAGAUUUAAUGUCACCACCGUGGAUAUGACAAGGAAACCUGAUGAACUGAAGGAUUUGGCCCCCGGCAUCAACCCUCCGUUUUUAGUGUUCAACAAGGAGCUGAAAACAGAUUUUCUGAAGAUUGAAGAUUUUCUGGAGCAGACCCUCUCACCACCAAAGUACCCACAGCUCACUCCCCAAAACAAGGAGUCCGUGGAUGUGGGCAGAAACAUUUUUGCCAAAUUCUCCGCAUACAUCAAGAACCCCCAUAAGGAAGCAAAUAAAAAUCUGGAGAAAGCUUUGCUGAAAGAGUUCCAGCGCUUGGAUGAUUACUUAAGAAACCCCCUGCCUGAAGAAGUUGAUCAGAAUUGUGCUGAAGACUUUCUGGUUUCUGAAAGGAAAUUCCUGGAUGGAAACCGGAUGACAUUGGCAGACUGCAACCUUCUCCCCAAACUCAACAUCAUCAAGAUUGCCGCCAAGAAGUAUCGCAACUUUGAGAUCCCUUUGGAGAUGACUGCACUUUGGCGCUAUCUCCACCAUGCUUAUGCCCGGAAUGAGUUCAGCCACACUUGUCCAGCUGACGAAGAGAUCGAACGCACUUACGCCAGCGUGGCUAAGAAGAUGAGUUAAAGACUAAGCUCUGGAGGUUGGCGCCUGCAAAGGUCUACCAGCGAGUUGGGUGUGCAAUACUGACCCCCACCCCGCAAGCUGAAUAUUCUUCAUAUAAUAGUCUUUUUAAAAAAACUUAUUUUGUAUUUUUAGGGGGAGAAUUCAUUGUAGUCAUCUUUUUCUGCCAAACCUUUUGACCAUGAGUUGGUCAUCAUUGAGAGAUUCUUCUUUUGGCGUUUCUUCACCUGCGUGUACACUUUUCAUGGAGCAAAAGUCGUUAAAUCUGACCCUCCAGCGUGAUUUGUUCUAAAUUCUGUUAAGAGAUUCCGUUAAGAGUUUUUGCAAGACUUCCAAGAAUCAACUGAUCAAACACUACCUUGUUAAAGAAGAUUAUGUGCCUCUGCACCUAGCAAGGAUAUUUUUUUUUCCCCAUCCAGACUUCUAGGUUGGGGGUUUAUAAAUAGCCUGAGCGCCAUCCUUGCAGUUUCUUCUCUUGGACAUCUUAUGCCCUCUCUGCUUGAUCAGCUCUGGGAACCAUCUGCAGAUGCUGCUGUUGAGCCGAUCCGGUCCUGUUGAGGAUCCUUGUCCUUCUCUUGGGUGGUGUCAGGCUGCCUCUCAUUAUAUCUAGGAAAGAAUACACCUUGACUUCAUUUGCAGAUAAAGAAAAGUACUUUUACUAGAUACAUCUUGACUGCAGCAGUAUAAAGUUGAAUCUGAGACAAAAUAUGGCUAACAAUCUAUAUCUCCCCUGUUACUCCCUCCUCUUCCCCAAGAGGUCAUCAAGUCUGGUCCAAUGCCAACUCCUUCUCGGGGCCCCGUGGUAAUCUUCUUCCGCAGAUCUCUGGCUGUCAGUUAUAUCAGGAAUGCAAUGUCCGUUAGAGUUCGCGCUCAAACAUUCCUGUUGAAUUCAAAACAUUAAUCUCCCCUCCCCCCUUAAUUAUGUCAGACCGACACUCUUAAAGGGCCCUCUCUACUUAACUUGAAUCCAAGAGCUAUUUACAUUAGAAAUAAAACCCCAUGCUAUCUAACAACUGAAUAUAAGGAGUACAAAAAGAUAUGAAGAUUGGAGUGGAGGCUGACAGGUGGGUUGAGGUAGUGGUGGAAUUCAAAUGUUUUUUACUACCGGUUCUGUGGGCGUGGCUUGGUGAGCGUGGCUUGGUGGGCCUGGAUACUGCAAAAUCUCCAUUCCCACCCCACUCCUGGGGGAAGAAUACUGCAAAAUCGGCCGAAGAGGUUGUAGGAAAAAAUGCUUUUAAAAGUAAAAGUAAAAAAAAAAAAGUUGGCCACGCCCACCCAGUCACAUUACCACCACCACCCACCAAGCCACGCCCAGAGAACCGGUAGUAACAAAUUUUACAUUUCACCCCUGCCAUUAACUUAGUUUGUAGAUUAUCCUAAAAUCAGGCUUGUUUUUAAUCUUAGCAUGACAGGGGAGCCAGGUAGUUUAUUUAACAAGCUUUUUUAAAAAAAAUAAAUAAAUAAAUACUGACUUGGCUUUACCUCCAAGUCAAGCCAUGACUUUAAGGAACCGUUAUAAUCCUGUUUAUCAUUCUGCACCAUUUUUGAGCUCCUGGGCUUCAAGGCUCUGCCUUGCGACUUCUCUUGGAGAAACAAGUGUUUUGCAAGUUGAAGUGGUCCGUCAUAUAAAUAGGUAACGUAACAAGAUACUGUAGAUCAAGGUGUCCCACCUUAGCAAUUUUAAGACUUGUGGACUUCCAACUUCCCUAAUUUAGAUACAGAUACAGAUUAACAGAGCCGGAAGGGACCUUGUAGGUCAUCUAGUCCAACCCUCCGCCCAAGCAGGAAACACCUACACCAUUUCUGACAGAUGGCAGUCCAGUCUCUUCUUGAAAACUUCCAGUGAUGAAGCUCCCACAACUUCCGAAGGCAACUUCUGUUCCAUUGGUUGAUUUUUCUCAUUGUCAGAAAGUUCUUCCUUAUUUCUAGGUUGACUCUCUCCUUGUUCAGUUUCCAUCCAUUAUUCCUUGUCUGGCCUUUGGGUGCUUUGGAAAACAGCUUGACCCCUUUCUCUGUGUGGCAGCCCCUCAAAUAUUGGAAAACAGCUACCAUGUCUCCCCUGGUCCUUCUCUUCACUAGACUAGCCAUGCCCAGUUCCUGCAACCGUUCAUCACGCGUUUUAGCCUCCAGUCCCCUAAUCCUCUUGGUUGCUGUUCUCUGCACUCUUUCUAGAGUCUCAAUAUUCUUUUUAUAGUGUGGUGACCAAAACUGAAUGCAGUGUUCUAGGCUUUAUAGAGUGCUAUUAGUACCUCACUUGAUUCUCAGCCAGCAUGUCCACAAGUCCACAAAUCUUAAAGUUGCCAAGGUUGGACACCCUUAUUGUAGAUGAAUAAGAGCACUCUUUAAAAAGCAAAGAUAACAGAUAUUCAUAAAGUACUGGGGAACUGCACAAUUGAAGAGUGAAAGCUUUCGUUUAACCCAGCAGUUCUCAACCUGUGGGUCGCGACCCCUUUGGGGGUCAAAUGACGAUUUGCAAGGGGUCGCCUAAGACCAUCGGAAAUAUGGGAAGUAUACUUGCGAGUCGAAGAAUCGCGCUCCAAUGGUUGACUCCACAAGCCAGCUGCAGGCUCUUCAAAUCGCUAGCCGAAUUCGGCUUCAGGCGCGAUGAAUUAAAAAAGAGAGAAAUCUUUGCUCUGAUGUCUCCCUCUCAAGCCAGCUGCAAUCACUCCCAAUCGCUAGCCUAAUCUGGCUUCAGGUGCGAUAAAUUUAAUAGGGGAGGAGUCUCCGCUUUAAUGCCUCUGUCCUCAAGGCAAUCGCAAGCAGUUCAGAUCGCUAGCCAAUACGGCUUCAGGCGCGAUAAAUUCAAAAAAACAGUUUGCCACUUUUUUCCCCCUUCUGCGGCUGCUGAGCCGCAUUGAAAUCGCUGCCUAUCGUUUGCACAUGCUUGCGGAUGAUUUUACAGUUGGGGUCGCCACAUCGUGGGGAAUUGUAUUAAAGGGGUUGCAGCACUAUAAAGGUUGAGAACCACUGGUUUAACCUAAGUCUUCUGAGUUUCUUACACAAGACACAUGUUAGGAGUCACAAAACACUAAGCCACAGUAUCUCUAAGAGGUUUUCGAUUUCUUCUGUAGCAACAAGGAAAGGAAAAUCCUGACUUAAAAAAAAAAAUAGAUGUGUCUGUUUACUUUGUAUUCCUGUAAUGAUAAUAAACUUUAUUUUAUAUACAACCUCCA